GUUACAAGAAAACCCUGUUGGAAAAAAAAAUAGAUAAAAAGGGGUCUCGUGUUUUCAACUUUUUUUUUAUUUUUUUAUUCACACUCUUCUUUAUCUUUUUUAUAUACAUAUAAAAAAAAAAUGUCGUUACGUUGGGGUAUCAUUGGUACAGGUAAUAUUGCUCAUACAUUUGCUAGAGCACUUGCAGUGGCCAAAAAGGGAACCUUGGUAGCCGUCGGUAGUCGAUCCUUGGAAACCGCUCAAGCGUUUGGCCAAGAAUUCGGGGUAAAGUUAUGUUUCGGGUCUUAUACAGAGUUACUCUCUUGCGACCAAGUCGAUAUUGUUUAUCUCUGUACACCUCACCCUUAUCAUUACGAAUUGGCAUUGACCACAGUCCAAUACCGUAAGCACAUGCUCAUUGAGAAACCCAUGGCCAUGACGCAUGCUCAAGUACAACAUAUUUUGGACGCCGCCAAAGAAGCAGGUCUCUUUGUGAUGGAAGCCUACAUGUACCGUUGUCAUCCUCAAACCUUGAAAUUGGUUGAUUUGAUCCAGUCCGGUGCUAUUGGCAAGGUCAAAUUUAUUCGUGCUAAUUUCUCCUUUGAUGGUAGAUCCUUGGGUCCUUCUUCCCGACUCUGGAGAAAUGAAUUGGGUGGAGGUGCCAUCCUUGAUAUCGGCGGAUAUCCCAUGUCUUUUUGUCGUUUGAUUGCUGGUAUUGAAAAGAAGGGUAUUGCCAACCCCACGCAAAUCAAGGCCACAGGCUAUAUCCAACCCGAUACAAAGGUAGAUGAAUGGUCCAAUGCCAGUCUCGCAUUCGAGGAUGGUGUGACCGCCCAAGUCUUUACUGGUAUCUUUUCCGAUAGUGAUUGUAGUGUCGAGGUCUUGGGUAGUGAAGGAUCUGUCAAGGUCAAUAAUUUAUGGCGUCCCGAUUUACCUCAAUUGGGUGCGGUCGAAUUGGAAUAUACAAAGUAUGGUCAAGAGAAGGAGAUCAUUCCUGUGCCAUUGGAGGAGACAAAUCUGUUUGCCUAUGAGGCGGAUGCUGUAGCUGAUGCUGUAUUGAAUGGUCAACAUGAGUGUCGUUACAUGACCUGGGAAGAUACCAUUGGACAAAGCAUCGCUAUGGAUGCUUGGAGAAAGGAGAUUGGUUUAAAGUACAAGGAAGAUAAUUAAAAAAAAAAAAAAAAAUUGAUAUUUAUUGCUGUAUUAAUCUACAAAAGGGGGUUUCUUUUUUUUCUUUCUUUUUUCUUUUUUUUUUUUUUAUGCUACACGUUUGCCAAAUU